UGUCAACACGCUGUAACUGACUGGUGCAUACAUUACAGUAUUUAGGAGAAAAGUGGGUUUGUGUGAUUGUGAGCCUGCAAAACAUCGGCCCCGAUUCCAGUCAGUGUCCGUUGCGCCAACCUCGGCGACAUCGAUCGAACGUCAAUCCAGACAAAUCGCAGUCAUGUCGUCAACAUGGUGGACGAAGUCGCAAAUGUGUGCCCAGAAAAUUGUGGAGUACGUCUGCUGUCAAGACGGUGGUUGCUGUGAAUGUUGUCUUAAUGGAAAGAAGCAGAAACUAACCAAAUCUGACAUUCAGCAUUCCUUUCGACAUUCAAACUCCAGGCUUGAUUCCACAAGUUCAUAUGCCGAGAGCUACAAAAGUUUCCGGGAUCGUCUGGAGUCAGAUUCCGCGACUUCCCGAACGGACUCUGUGUCGUCUGCUUCUCAGAUAAGUGGAGACUUCCGGAAAGGCAUAAACACGCCGAUCAUUGAUAUGAAGCCAAUAGAAUUUUGGGCGGCAAACAGAGAGAGCGUUCAACCGCGUCAAGGGAGACGACGACUUCCAAGUGAAACUGAAAUUAGCAUCGAAAACUUCCAGAGAGAUCUGUACGAAGUGGAAGAAGAUGCAGAGCCGUGUCUGACGGACGAAGAAAAAUUAGCUAAGUUUCAGCUCGGCCAGAUACAUAUCGGUCUACAAUACGAAGUCUCCACGAAAGUUCUUGUCGUCAAGGUGAUUGAAUCCAAGGAUUUGCCGCCGCCAUAUUGUUUAGAUGAAAACAAGCAAGACAUGGCUCACUCAAAUCCUUACUGUAAGGUAUGUCUAUUACCAGACCAGAAAAAUUCACAGCAGACUUCCGUACAACGUAAAACACAGAACCCUACAUGGAACGAAUACUUCAUGUUUGAGAUACCUUUCCACGAAGCCCAGAUGAGGACGCUUGAGAUUCUCAUCAAAGAUUUUGACAGAUUUUCACGACAUUGUAUCAUCGGACAGGUGUACCUGCCUCUCGCCAACAUCAACCUUAUCAAGGGAGGUCACAUGUGGAAGCCACUGAUGCCUAGCACUAAGGAGCGACAGGACCUUGGUGAGAUUCUUCUAUCGCUGAACUACCUGCCGAGCGCUGGACGUUUGAACAUCGACGUAAUCAAGGCUAAACAGCUCCUCCAGACAGACAUGGUCGGCGGCUCAGAUCCGUUCGUAAAAGUAACCAUGGUACACUUUGAGAAACCAAUCAAGACGAAGAAAACUACUUGCAAGAAAAAUAAUAUUGAUCCCGUUUUCAACGAAUCGGUCAGUUUCAACGUGACACCACAACAGUUGGAAAACACCAGUAUCGUGAUAACGGUGUGGGAUUAUAACUCCAAAAGUCGGGACGAUUUCGUGGGUCGAGUGGUAAUCGGCAAAUACGGCACGGGCCCACAUGAGUUCACCCACUGGAACCGGAUGUUAAACUCACACCGAUCACCGGUUGCGCAGUGGCACUCACUGCGCACGCGUCAAGAAUGCGACCAGGUUUCCCCGGCAUCCAUAGCAGUUCCAUGAUGACUGUUCAAACGUCACCUUGAACGCAGAACAAUUCCCACCGGAAAAAAAGCCCACACUGCAUGCCAGAUAACAGGCACAAUCAGGCCGACUUUGUUUGUGUUGAACUUCAACACUACCAACAUGGCGACAUCCACAACCCAAUGCCCUUUACGAUAGACCACUUGAGAUUUAUCGGUUUUAUACGAUACUUCGAAAACAACAGAACUGAUUAAAUAAGUUUUUUACAUCCCAUAACUGGUGUAUCCCUUUACCAGUCAAGUGGUAACCUAUAUCGAACGAUCCCUGUGUGAUUGACAAUUACACAGAUGUUAAUUGACAAUGGUCUAUCUAAUAUAAU